CGUCGCUCCAAUAAUGUCUUCUCUCGCCUCACCGAAUCGAAGUCGAAACCAUAGGCGGGAAAACGAAAAGAUCCAAAUCCCCAUCUAGAAAACCCCACCUCACUCUUCGUGUGUCUGAGAGAUAGAGAGAGAGAGAGAGAGAGAGAGAGAGAGGGGAGGCGAUCGAAGCAGCGAAAGAAGCUCAGAGUGCGUUCUCUUUCAUGAUCAGUUGUCAAUUCAUCGGGGCGGAGUUUUGAUAGAUAUGGCGGUGGACGAUUACCACGUGAUAGAGCUGGUCGGGGAAGGAUCUUUCGGGAAGGUGUACAAAGGAAGACGCAAAUACACUAGACAGACCGUUGCAUUGAAAUUUAUUCUCAAGCAUGGGAAAAGCGAGAAGGACAUUCACAAUUUGAGACAGGAAAUCGAGAUACUCCGGAAGUUGAAGCAUGAAAAUAUUAUUGAAAUGCUCGAUGCCUUUGAGACUCCUCAAGAAUUUUGUGUUGUUACAGAGUUUGCACAGGGAGAAUUGUUUGAGGUUCUUGAAGAUGACAAAUGUCUCCCAGAAGAACAAGUUCAGGCAAUAGCUAAACAACUGGUAAAAGCAUUGUAUUACUUGCAUUCAAACCGCAUCAUCCAUCGGGAUAUGAAACCCCAAAAUAUUCUUAUUGGCGCAGGAUCUGUUGUUAAGCUUUGUGAUUUUGGAUUUGCACGAGCAAUGUCUGCAAACACUGUAGUCCUUCGUUCUAUAAAAGGGACACCUCUUUAUAUGGCUCCAGAAUUGGUGAGGGAACAACCUUACAAUCACACAGCAGAUUUGUGGUCGCUUGGAGUAAUUUUGUAUGAACUCUUUGUUGGCCAGCCUCCAUUUUACACAAAUUCAGUGUAUGCAUUAAUUCGUCAUAUAGUUAAAGAUCCAGUGAAAUAUCCUGAAAAUAUGAGUGCAAAUUUUAAAAGCUUCUUGAAGGGUUUACUUAACAAGGUACCUCAAAAUAGAUUAACUUGGCCAGCAUUGUUGGAGCACCCAUUUGUAAAAGAACGCUCAGAUGAUGUAGAAGCCAGAAAAACCGUUGCUGCUGCUGAUGCAGUUACUGGAUCUGAGAUUGUUGGAUUGGCAGAGAGGAUCAUCAAACCUUCUGAUCUUGUAGCUGCCAAUUUGGGGGUGAAAGACAAUUCUAUUACUGAGAGCAACAAAGAAGGGAGCAACAACACCAAAUUCAGUGCUCCUUCGACAAUUCCUGACAGCCAAGAGCAUGCAUCUUCUAUGGAUGUGUUAGAUCAUGCUCCUUCAUCAGACAAUCAUGUUUUGGACGCUUUGGAAAAAGGUUCACGUACAGUAAAAGGUGCAAAAAAUAUUAGUCAAGAUAGUGAAGCUUUAUCAGCUGUUUUACAACCACUGCAAACCUGCUCCCAGAGAUCUGCCAGUUCUUUCGGGAAUCCUAAGAUGGAUACUGUAAGCCAGUCCUUCAGAAUUCUCACAAAUUUAAUUGCUGCUGGGACACUUCAAUCAUCUCCAGCUUUGGAUAGCAUAACAUGUGUACUUCUUGAAUUCACAGCUGCCAUUGCCAAAAUGAAGAUUAGUGAUGCUCAAGGCUUAAUCAUCAAGAGUCUUUCAAUAUUAAAAAAGUUACUGGAACUUAGCAGAGGUGAAAUUUACAAUUCUUAUUGCAGGCACUGGAGUGCUUUAGUUGAGCUUUAUUCACAGAUUCUGGCAUCAACAACUGAUGCAUCUGGAAGGAUCCACUAUGAAUGUACUGCAUGCAUUGCUGUUAUGCUGUCUCAGAUUGCAAUGGGGCUAAAGCAAUCCAUGUCAUCUGAAAGCUCAAAGCCAAUGGAAAAAUCUUUUUUCCAGAUAGUUGAUUAUGCUAGUGCAUCUGAAAUUUUGGGGCUUUUGCUUGAAUGCUUAACUACGUCCGGGACAAGUCUCAUAUCAGGGUCUUCUAAUAUGGUGCCAGCUGCAUGUGAAUCAUGCAAGGCCAUUUGGUAUCUUAUUAAUUUAGCAGAGAUUAUUUCUGCAAAAGAGCAAGCUUAUGCUUUCCCAUUAGUUUAUUCACGAAGGCAUCCUUCAUUGCAGCCUGAUAUGGUCGAAAAAGAACAAAGUUUACGACUUCACCCAGAGCCAGUUAAAAUUAUUGAGAUAGUUGUGAAUAAUUUUCUUGAAUCGAAAGAAAUUCAAGUAGCCAUUUACUACUGCUUUCACAAUGGUCUAGAGUCUGCAUUAUAUGCUGCUCUUCAGCUUAUGUCAAGGAUUUGUCUGUUGAACACUUCUGCAUGCAAUGUGCUCUGUGGCUUACCAAAUUCAUCAAUUACUGUUACUGAAACAGAUGUGAGUGGAGAUGGAACUAUCGUGUCUGAUAUGUUUUCCUUGUUAUCUUUAUGUGCUUCAUAUUUAAACAAAGAUUCAGGAGAAAAAUGUAAUCAGAAAUGUAAGCUUUCUAACCCCCGUGGGUUGGUUGUACAUUGUUGCAUUGCUUUGGCAACGAUUGCUGAUCGUUUGAGAGUAAUGGGAAAAUGUUCUGCAUUAUAUAUUCUUUCUAAUUCUCAGAAAAAGCAGCGAACACGGCUUUCAGUUCUUGCACAUCUUUCUUUGACUGAUGAUGCUGUGACAAGUUCCAUUCAACCUCACUGUGCAUCAGCAAUGCUGGCUUUAUCAUCAGUUCUAUCUCUUGAAAGUGGCGUGCAUGGGAACUCUAUCUCUGAACACACACUAGCUCUGUUGCCUUCAAUGGCAACACUGCGCAACCUACUUAAGCUUUGCCUGUCUGAUGACAAUGAGAUGAAAUCUUGUGAUGUGCUCUUAAGGCGGCUUGGACUCAAUGAUGCUUGCCUCGGCUUGUUAAAAAUGAGGCUUUUGUGGGGAGGCCCUCUGGGUAUUCAACAAGCAUGUUCCAAUGGCAUUCCUCAGCUUCUCGUAAAUAUGUUGGCAGAUGGGCUUAUAAAAGAUCCACUGAAUGAAAAAGAUUGCACGAGUGGUAGAGUCGGAUUAUCUCCGACAGGACUUAUUUGGGCACUUACUUCCUUGUGUUGCUGCCUCACUGGUGGAAUCUUCCAUGAGAUUUUGUUUAGAAGAGAACACGUGAAGCUCAUAAUUGACAUGAUAUCUGAUGUGCAUCUAAUGGCACUCAACGUUUGGGAGGGACUUGCUGGUGGACAUUCUGGAAUUAGAGAUCUAAUAAACACAGUAGUUGAUCUAUUGGCAUUUCCCUUUGUUGCAGUGCAGAGCUCCCCCAAUAUGCCAUCGACAUCAGCAUCGAUUAACAGUGGCUUUCUCUUGAAUACUGGUUCACCUGGUGGAAGACUUGCUAUGGAAAAUAAGGAUAUGGUCAAAGCUAUUGGGAACAACAUGCCUCACUAUGUUCAAGUUCUUAUAGAGGUCAGUUUUCCUGGACGCAUUCUUUGCAGCUUGGACUAUGUUGACUUGAAAUAUGUGUCAAGGCCCAUUGCCAUUGUGGCAAAAAUGGUUGGGUAUCGACCCUUGGCAUUGCAACUUGUUAGGGAAGGUUUAUUAUCUCCAAACAGAGUACGGAGGCUGCUUAGUGUAUCCAUUCCAAAGGAAGCUAUGCUCGACUUUCUAAUGAUAAUAUCUGACCUUGCCCGGAUGUCAAAGGACUUUUAUGAACCCAUUAGCAAAGCUGGUAUGCUGGAGUUCCUCAAGGACUUUAUAAGUAGUGAUUGUGCUGAUGUACGUGCAAAAGCUUGUAGUGCCAUUGGAAACAUGUGUCGGCACAGUCCCUACUUCUACAGCUCACUCGCAACACAUAGGGUCAUUGAUCUCUUGAUCGAUAGAUGUGCUGACCCAGACAAACGUACUAGGAAGUUUGCUUGUUUUGCUGUUGGGAAUGCUGCAUACCACAAUGAUGUUCUCUAUGAAGAGCUUAGAAGAUGCAUACCUCAACUGACAAAGCUUCUACUCUCGGCCGAAGAAGAUAAAACCAAAGUCAAUGCUGCUGGUGCACUAAGCAACCUUGUUCGAAAUUCCAAUGCCCUCUGUGAAGACAUCAUAUCCCACGGUGCCAUGCAGGCAUUACUGGAGCUGGUUAGUAACUAUUCUGCCAAAGCACUAAGCCCUAGUAGAGGGCAAACUCAAAAUGAGUCCCCCCUUAAGAUCGUGCUCUUUGCUUUGCGUAAAAUGUGCGACCAUGCUGUUUGCAGACGCUUCCUUCGAUCAUCUGAGCUAUUUCCUCUCCUUGCUCAGCUAAAGAGAUCGCCAGACCCAACAGUUGCAGAAUAUGUGUCGGUCAUCACAAGCAAAGCUGCCCAAACAUGAGUAGUGCCAUUUUCCUUACGUUCUUUGUUUCAACAUGCAUUAUCUCAUGCAAAGAAAUGGACUUGUUGCUUAAUUAUCCUUAAGCUGAGUGUCUUUAUCGACAACCAGAAUGGGAUUACUGUUUGUAUAUUAGACAAGCAUAUUAAUGGCAAUGAAGAUAUAUGGGCUUCAGAACAUGCCACGAGGCGAUAAACAGUGGCCUUGAUCUCACUGUUUGACCCAGGCAUCAUUCUGUUUAUAUUCUUGGCUAUGUAUAUGGCUCCACGUUGAUGAACAUUGACACAAAUCGAUGUACAUGCAACAUAUUA